AUGGAUCAAAAAUGGAUGUCAGCGAAUAGGUUAUCUGAGGAGUACAAGAACGGAGUUGAUUUUUUCUUAAGGUUUUGUUUGGAGAAUGGGGGAGACCCGAACUUUACUUGUUGUCCAUGUCUAAAGUGUUUUAAAGUAACAAAGUUGAGUUUCAAUAAGAUCAAAGAACACUUAUUCUUUAAUGGGAUUGACAGAAGUUAUAAGAUAUGGUAUAGUCAUGGGGAGAAACCCCCUAAUAUACCAGAUCCCCCUAGUAGGAUUAGUAAAGUUAGGAGGAAUAGAGAUGAAGUGAAUUGGGAUUCAUUGGAUGAAAUGAUUGAUGAUGCACAUUAUGGAUCAACAGUAGACCUAAACAAGUUCGAGACACUACUUAGUGACGCUGAAAAACCGAUUUACCCUGAUUGUAAAAGAUUUACAAAGUUAUCGACACUUCUAAGGUUGUUUAAUUUGAAGGCAAAACAUGGAUGGAGUGAUCGAAGUUUGACAGAAUUACUUAGUUUUUUGAAAGAAUUGUUGCCUGAAUGUAAUGAGAUGCCAAUGUCAUUUUAUGAGGCCAAAAAAACAAUAUGUUCAUUAGGCAUGGAGUAUGAAAAAAUCCAUGCAUGCCCUAAUGAUUGCAUACUAUACCGAAAUAGGUUUUCUGAUGCAGAAUCAUGCCCUACUUGUGGUGAGUCACGAUGGAAAAAGAAAAGGAAUGGUGAGGAUGUUAAGGAAGGAAUACCCGCCAAGGUUUUGUGGUAUCUUCCACCUAUACCCCGUUUCAUUCGACUAUUUAGAAAUGCUGAACUUGCUAAGAGUUUGUCAUGGCAUGCAAAUGAGAGAGUGAAGGAUGGGAAUGACAUUGACGUCUAUCUAGCUCCUCUUAUUGAUGACUUAAAAACUUUGUGGAAUGAAGGGGUUAGGGUUUACGAUGCAUACAAGCAAGAAGAGUUUACCCUUAGAGCGGCAUUGUUGUGGACAAUCAAUAACUUUCCCGCUUAUGGAAAUUUAUCAGAUUUUAGUGUGAAAGGCUAUAAAGCUUGUCCCAUUUGUGAAGAAGAAACAUGCUCUCAGUACUUGAAACACUCUCGUAAAGUUUGUUAUAUGGGACACAGGAAGUUCUUGAAGAGUAAUCAUAUACUUCGAACUUGGAAGAAGGCAUUUAAUGGCGAACAAGAGUUUGGGGAGGCUCCCCGACCUUUAAGUGGAAGCCAAGUACUCGAGAAGAUGUCUAAAAUCAUUUUCAAGAUGGAGAAGUCUAAAGUAAGUAUAGUUAAGAAGCGGAAGGGUCGUGUAAAGGCGAAGGUUGUGGAGGAACCAAAAAGUUGUUACAAAAAGAAGUCGAUAUUUUUCGAGCUUGAAUAUUGGAAACUUUUACUUGUGCGUCAUAAUUUAGAUGUCAUGCACGUAGAGAAAAAUGUUGUGAAUGAUUUGAGAAACCCAUUAAAUAAUGUGUCAGACAUUAUUAAGUGGAUUUGUCGAGGUCCUUCUCUUAAUGUCACUAAAUUUUCAUCAUAUAUGGUGAACGGUACUAAGUUUACUACUAUGGAGCGUGAUAAAAAUAGAAACACACAAAAUAGUGGUGUAAGUCUUAUUGCUACAACUUUCCAAGUAUCUACAUCGAAAGACCGAAAUCCUAUUGAAUGUGAUAUGUCUUUUUAUGGUGUAAUUAAAGAAAUAUGGGAGUUAGACUAUAUCAUAACUCAAGUGCCUGUUUUCUUUUGUGAUUGGGUGAAGAGUGAUAGUGGAGUCAAAAAAGAAGAUUUAGGUUUCACAUUAGUAAAUCUAAAUCUAUUAGGGCACAAAACUGAUUGA